AAUAUUCCAUUUUUGCCGUUCGCAAAUUAAAAAAAAAUUAAUUUACAUAAAUUGGAAUGUUUGCUGCGAAGAUUGCCAUGUUUGACAGCAAGGAAAGUGAUUUUUGCGGAGGGAAUCGAAAUGCGCUGUUACAUGAAGAGACAACUGAGUGGGUGAAACUAAACAUUUCAUUGAGGGAGCAUGGGUUGAUCCCUAUAUCUUUUCUGUACCAGCAGAAUAACCAUGCACAUGAACAUGAUGAAACUAACAAGUACAAAGAUCACAUACUGAUUACACUAGAGACAUUACAAAACGUUAGGAAAGCUAUCCAAGUUCUCAUGAAGGAUAGUAACAGACGACAGGACCUCGUUCAAGAUAUGAUCACAACUAAUAAUAAACUUAGAGAAGAGUUAAGACGUCAAACUAUAAAAAGUAAAGAGAGCGAUGCUAAAGUCAAUGAACUGAUGCUAACUUUAAACCCCACCAAUGCUAACACAGCAACUUCAGCGGCUACAGUAGCAGCUGCAACCACAACAGCAGCGGCGACGCCUACUUCAGCUACUGACAUGUACAAAUCAAAAUAUGAAAAGCUGAAGAAAUUAAAGCAGGAAUUGGCUCACAAGUGUGAGGCAUACGAGAAUGAGAUUAAAGCUCUCAAAGAUAGGAUCACCUUAUUUGAAAAAGAGGAUGUCAAAAAAGAAGCAAAAGCCAAAGAGUUGUAUGAAAAAUUUAAAGGUAGACCUGGAAAGAUUAGAUUCGAUGACGAAUUGCUGACAGUUAUAGAUGACUACGAGCGUCAGAUGAGGCAGCUGAAGAGGGAUAUUAUCAAGAAGGAUACAUUUGAUAUAUAUCACGUAUCCAUUAACGAGCAUACCACAAACGUUAGAGAGCUUAUUAGGUCUUAUGAAAGAAAGAUACAGGAGUAUUUGAAGAGAAAUAAGGACCUCAAAAAUGAAAUUGAAUCUCUAAAGACAGACCUACACACAAAGGAGUAUCGUAUCACUGUCACCAAUGUUGCCAGUGCGGAGAACAAGCCCAUUUGCUCGUCAUCGUCGACGCUAUCCUUGGUAUCAUCGAGGUAUCAGCAGCAGCAGUAUCAACAAAGAAUACCGUCGUCAUCUUCAUCAUCGCUAUCGUCAUUAUCACCUCCCCAACUGCAUCAUCCUCAUCAUCUGCUGAGUACGAGGUUGACCGACUUGAAGAGGCAACCUGCCUCGUUGUGUCACAAAUUUCUCGAGUUGACGUGUUCUCUGCUUGGUGUGUGCGACCUGCUUGAUAUAGAACCGGCUAUCUUGAAGUUGAAUAAAAAUUCAUCAACAUUCAAUCAGCUAGAUUCGUUUGUUAGAGACGUGCACCAGAUGACUUCGAGAUACAACCUGCCCAGACCACGCAACAAAAACUGCGCAUGUAACAUCAACAACAACAACAAAAACAACAACAACAAUAAUAAUAGCACUAAUAACAAUAACUAUGCUGUCUGCACUGAUAGACACUGCCUUCUAUUAACGCUAGAACAUUGGGUUAACCAGAUCAAACAUCUGAAAAAUCUCCAGGGGUCUAUAAAAAAUUUAUCUGAAAAGAUGUUUCCAUGGCGACCAAUCAGUGGUGACGACGAUGACGACCGAGUUUGUGGCACAUUGGAAUUGGUUAACAUGGUCGAUGAGCUUGUUGCUGAUGGCUGUCACAACAGGGUCUUGGACGCAUCAGCAGCAAGCAAGGAUGAGCUGGUUGGCAUCGUUAGACAGUUUCAAAUUCUCUUUGAAGUUCCUCAGGUGUCAGGCAUGUACACACGCAUGAGCCAUCUCUACAGAAGGCUUAACGAAAACUACAACGUCAUGAACAAUAUUAAAGAUGUUCUUGGGUUAGAUAAGUCAAGUAACUCUCGAGUAGUAAUUGACGUGGUCAACAAGCUGGUCGAGAUGAACGUUAAGACGACGGAACAACAUCACCAGGUUCAACUGCAAGCGCAGAAAAGUAGAGAAGCUUUUGAUGAGGAGAAAGAAAAAUUGUUGCAGAGAUUAGGAGAGCAAGAGGAAUUCUGUUCAGUAUUUCAUGAGACCAUGCAGAUAAUUAUGCAGUUGUUGGGUGUGGCUUCCGUCAUACAGGUGGUCCCUUCUAUAGAAAGGCUAUUAGAAGCAUCACGUGAUUAACCUCUGGGAUCUUUUUUUUCUUUGUUUUUUGUUUUUAAUGUUUUUUUUUAUCUUUGCUUACGUUUUCAUCAUCGUCGUUGUCAAUGUCGUUAUUGUUAUCAUGUUCGUAUUAUUGCGACACCACAAAUUUUAACUUGACGUGAUAUUGUUAUAACAUCACGUGAUUACGUAAUAACAUCACAUAUCAAUUUGGCGAAAUCUUCUACAAGCAUUCUUUCAACGGUAUAGUGCAUGUUUUUAAAUAAAACAUCAAUCGUU